GUUGCUUCGGGUCUCCCUUUCUUUCUCAGAGCAUGACUUUUAGGUCUUUUUGCUUUCCUGUGUUUUCAUAGAGUUUAAGUUGAUCUAUUUCCUCUUUUGUGUUUGAUUCAGUCUUCUAGAAUCUAGUCUUUGGUCAUUGAUGGUUCCCAAAUCCCUUGUCCAGCAUGAAAACCCUAGAUAUAUUUCCUUUCAUCAACAUCUUUUCCACUCGAGGUUAGACUUGAACGCCUUUCAUCCACACAUCGAGAAGAGAAACUGAGAUAAUGGAUACCAACAAUUGGAGGCCUAAUGUUCCUAAUGGAGAGCCCACCAUGGACACGGUUGAUUGGAGAACCUAGUUACAGCCUGAUUCACGGCAAAGAAUUGUUGACAAGAUCUGGAAAAUAACUACACCACGCAGAGUCAUCCCAAAGGGCAAAGAAGAGAUAGAGAAGGAGGUAAGAGAGAGGAGGUCAAGAGAGAGCAAAAUCUGGUAAGAUUCCAGAUAGAUGGCCAGAAAACCUGAGCCGCCAUCUAGCUAGUAUCUAUUUUCCCCCCCUUAUGCUCUUUCUUGCUGGUCAUGGUUUCCCUUUACGUGUAGUGAGUAUGGCUUCCUCUGGGCUCCUUUUUCUUCUCAAUAUAUUUUUGUCACUAUUAAUUGGACAUAAUGUGGAUAACCGGCUCAUAAAUUACAGAUAGAGAAGUAUGGUUUUUUCUGUGAUCUUUUUUUAGCUUUUUAUUUUCAUCCUAAUAGUGGUACCAGAGCAACUACUGCUUUCACGAGUCUUGAUCAUGGCCACUCACACUGAAUACCCCAACUCUGCUACAUCCAAGACCUCCCCAAACUCUGCUGCAACUGUUCUCAAUCCUGAACUCACCAAAAAUCCAUUAUCUUUCAAUUUCGCCACAUUCCCUAUAAAGCUAACGCCCACCAACUAUAUGUCUUGGAGGGCUCAAUUUACUUCUUUGCUUGCAGGUUACGAACUAGAUGGAUAUCUUGAUGGCAGCAACCCCCAAUCGCAUCAGAGUACAGCCUGUGGGCUCAUCAAGAUCAACUCUUGCGACAUGCUCUUAUCACCUCCGUCUUAGAGAACAUUACCCCUUAUAUUGCUA